GUUAGUCAAAACGAAAAGUUCGUUGGGUUUGAAACUUCUGAGCAUUUGCUGCGGACGGUGGUCUGUGUAACAUUCUAAGUUAUUUUUAAACCAUUAUUGGCAGUGAUUAGAAGAACCAUUGCAUGCGCGAUCAAAUAAAUAUUCAUAUUUAAUCGAAGACAACACAAGCAUCAUAAUGAAGCCUGUGAGGACGAGAGCUGUACCCAAGAAAACGCCCGCCAAGCCAAAAAGCUUCUCCAAAGACCCAGUGCAAGUUUUUUGUCGGCUCCGACCGAUGCAAAAUGAAUCCGAUGAAUCUUGCAUGAAGAUCAUAUCAGAACAGUCCAUCCAAGUAACCCCUCCAGAUACGUCUGCUAACUACCGAGCAGGAACAGCUAAAGAUGUUAUUUACUCAUUUAAUAGAGUAUUCGAUGAAAGUAUUAGUCAGAAAGAGGUCUUUGAAACCGUGGGGUUGCCUUUGGUGAAGUCCCUUCUUGAGGGGCGUAAUGGUCUUCUGUUUGCCUAUGGAGUAACUGGGAGUGGAAAGACUCAUACUAUGAAUGGCGAACCUCAAGAUGGAGGUAUUAUGCCCCGUUCCUUAGAUGUUAUAUUCAACAGCAUUGCCCAUUUCCAGGCCAAAAAGUACACAUUCAAAGCAGACAGGAUGAAUGGCUUUGAAAUACAAAGUGAUAUUGAUGCUCUCCAAGAAAGGCAGCAUGAGUUGAUGAGAAACUUAGAGUCAAGACCAAUCAAAACCCCAAGAAAGAAUUCUGAUCCAGAUUUACAUUUUCGCCAGCCAGAUACAACAACACUGGAUGUUGUAUGCGAAGACAAUACCUUUGCUGUGUUUGUCACUUAUGUUGAAAUCUACAACAACAGUGUCUUUGAUCUACUGGAGGAAGUAACUGAAGAUAUGCUCCGGACAAAGUCAAUGCAAAUGAAAAUACUCAGGGAAGAUGCUUUGAAAAACAUGUAUGUGCAUGGAGUGACAGAGAUAGAAGUAAAGUCACCAGAAGAAGCUUUUGAAGCCUUUUACAGAGGACAAAGAAAGAAACGCAUGGCCCAUACUACACUAAAUGCUGAGUCCAGUCGGAGUCAUUCUGUUUUCUCUAUUAGGCUGGUUCAGGCUCCACUUGAUCACCAUGGUGAAAAUGUUCUUCAGGAAAAGGGUGGAAUGUUGAUCAGUCAGCUCUCCCUUGUUGAUCUGGCUGGGUGUGAGCGAACUAAUCGUACCAAGAACAGUGGUCAGCGGCUCAGGGAAGCAGGAAAUAUCAAUAAUUCAUUAAUGACACUGCGCUCGUGUCUUGAAAUGCUGCGGGAAAACCAGCUGACAGGGUCCAAUAAAAUGGUCCCAUACAGAGACUCCAAACUUACCCAUUUGUUUAAGAGUUACCUAGAUGGAGAAGGUGAAGUUCGUAUGAUAAUUUGUGCUAAUCCUAGAGCUGAAGAUUAUGAUGAGACAAUGCAAGUCAUGAAAUUUGCUGAAAUGAGCCAGGAAGUACAGAUAGCUAGGCCUACACCUGUGCGUGUGGACUUUGGAUUCACUCCUGGUCGAAGGAAAGCUAAUCAGGUGUUUCGGUCAGCUGUUCGACAGCUACAAGAAGAUGGUAUCAAUUCAAACAUUCCUGUGGAUGUGGAUGUUGUUUAUAGCUUGGCCACGGAUUUACCUUCCCUGGACAUUCUCGGACCAGAUGGCGCCAAGGUUAUAUCCGAACUCAAAGAGUUCUUGCAGGAACGAAUGAAACAUCGAACCAUGCUUCAGAAAAAUCUGAUUUCAAAACAAGAACAGUUCAGAGCAUUGCUGGCUGAAGUAGAGCGUGAAAAUGUUCUUUCAAAGCAAGAAGUUUUAUCCAUACAAGCUCAACUUGACCAAGAACGCAGCAGAAUGCGUGCUGUUCAAACAAAAUUGGGCACAAUGGAGAGGCAGUACUCAACACUACAACGCCGAUAUGAUGAGCAAGAGCAGCAAAAUCAGAUUUUGAGGCAAGAAAAGGCAGAUCUUGAAUUGGCUUUGUCUCAGAGCGCUAUUGAUAAACAGAAAGUUAAACAUAGAUACAAUGCUAAAGUUGCUGUUGAAAAAGAAAAGAUCUCUUAUGAGUAUGAGAAGAAGUUGGAGAGAGACAGAGAAGCCCUUCGUCACCAAGUUCGUGAGAAAGAUGAGAAAAUUCGUCGUGUCCAGCGGGCUUUGAAGGAGGAUGUCCAUGUUCCAAGCACUGCCUCAUCAACCAACAGUGCUGCUAAUGUCACAUCCAAGUCAGAUGGCAGCACAACCCAGUCUUCUAAUACAUUUUUGCUGCGGACGCCUGGAGCUGAUUCAAGAAGGAUGGGUAUGGCCCUGAGAAACCCUCGCCACCGUCGUUCACGUUCUGCUGAGGGAACCGGGAAAUGGUUGGACCACUGUCCUGCCACGCCAGUGCCUCUGAACACUGUGUUCCAGCCGAACAUGAGGAAACGUAAGUCUGUUACCAAGCUUACGGAUGUCAAGGAUAUUACAAAAGGCACUGAACGCUACUGCCUCACCACUCAAGAGCAAGAUACGGAUGGAGAAUUGGAAACCCGCCUAUACAAGGGUGAUGUUGUGCCGACCUGCUCUGGUGGAGCUCAAGUGAUCUUCAGUGAUGUUGAACUUCUGAAGCAGUCCUCUCCUACCGGCAAUGCCUCCGGACCUGUCACUCGCAAAAGAAGUGCUCAAAUGUCUGGUACUGAUGUUGCUGAAAGAUGUUCAACUGCUGUGGAAGGUCAUGGAAAGCGACCUCAUCUUCUAACCAAGCCUUAAUCGCUAUCUUUCAGACAAAGACUAGGGCCUCAUAACUGCUAGUUAAACAUAACUUUGUCUUUAUGUUGCUUGUUCUUACCUAUAAGUACUGUAAAUCCUCUUAGCCUUUAAUAUUUAACAAACUUAAAAACUAAUUUUUAUUAAUUUUAUAAAUGAAGAAGUUAACAUUAUUUUUCUUCUACUGUAGGGUUGAUACUUUAAUUUUCUAAUUCCCUACCAAUUAUAUUGUUGCCUGACAAUAUUCUUAGUGCUGUGGGGUUUAUUGAUUAUCCCAGUGGUUGUGGUUGCUUUAUAUAAUGCUUUCUCUGCUGGUUUUUGACAUAACUUUUUUUUCUCUUUUCAAUCAACUUCUAUGAUUUGUUAUUUAGUCAAAUCCUGUUUGCAACUGUGAUCAAAGCAUGCUGUCUUCUGCAUUUUAUUUUUAGCAUCUCAUAUCACAAUAAAUACUUUAUAAAUAAA